AGAGUGAUUCCUUGCCACUGGAAUCUGUUUUGGCAAUUCUGGGCCAGAUGAAGACAGAGUUUUUCACUGGAUGAGGGUGUGUUCCAAGAAGUCAGAGGAGCUGUGGUGGAGCAGGCUGUGGUUGAAUCUAUUAAGAAUAACCGUUUUCAAGAAGCAUCUAAGAUGUUGGAACGGCAUUGCAAUAAGGAUACUAUUGACCAGAAAUUGCUUUCAACAAUCAUUAAAGAGAAGAAUUCAUCUCAUCCAGAUCUAGACCUCUUAACAUACAGCAAUUUGAAAAGGAGAAUGUUCUGUUUUGCAGAAAGCCUAAUUGGCAACUCGGAGCCAUUUCUUCUUCUUAGUGCAAAAAAAUCUACUUCAAGCACAGCAGAGGCCCAAAAUGAAGAAGUGAGAUUGGUCUGUAAUCAAGAAGCGAACCAGAACAUGCAGGCUUCUGGUGGGAAUAAAUGCUUAUCAAGUCCAGAGAAUAAAUGUUCCGUCUGUUCAAACAGGGUGGAAGCUCAGCCUGGCCUCCCUUGCAGUCUCACAGCCCUGCAAACUGCAUUCUGUGUCCUCCAUAAAUCAUCAGUGGAUCCAGUGGCGUUGUUUAAAAAGAUGGAUAUGUUGGAUUUUGAACUGUGUGAAAAUAGUGAAACACAAUGUAAGACAAGAAGCACGAAGCAGAAAACUGAGGCAAAGGCUAUUCAGCAAUGUAAAAAGCCAAGUGCGAAUUGCAUACAGGCUGUUUCUCGGUUUAUCAUAGAUCCUGACAGUCAGGAUGAGGUGGAAUCUGUUAAUACUAUACCUGAUGGUGGAAAAAAAAUUCAAAAUGACAGAGAGAGUCCCAUUAAACCAUGCAAUGGAAAUGGCACUUCUAAAGAAAUUGCGAAUCAAGAAACCAGCCCGAAAGUCAAGAGGCGAAAGUACUUCAAUCAUCCUGAUUUAGUUGAGAAUAAGGAAGACUGGAGUGAUGAAGAAUUUCUUUUUGAUGUACCUCCAAAGAUUUCAGUCCAGAAUGGAAGAACGUCACCAACAGAGAGUAAUUUUUCAUGCUCAAGUAAACGUCAGAAAUGGACAGUUGAAGAAAGCGAAUGGAUUAAACAGGGUGUACAAAAGUUCGGAGCAGGAAAUUGGCUGAAGAUCCUGAAGCAUUACCCAUUUUGUUAUCGCACUAGUGUCAUGAUUAAAGAUCGGUGGAGGACAAUGCAAAAGCUCGGAAUGACUUGAAAGAAUUUGCUCUUUAAAUAGUUUGACUAUUUACCAGAUAUAAAAAGCAUUGAUUUUUUUUAUUAUAGAGGAAAACUAAACUUUUAUAUUUGCUGUUUGAAUGAAAAGAAAACAAUCUCUGUUCGGUUACUACCUGUAGUAGUCCUUAUUUCAUGUGAGCAUGGUUUGUUGAAGAUAUUUUGUGUGCUUAGUAUGUGCAUUAAUGCAAAUAUUUUCAUCCAUGAACCUCUGCAAAAUCUGCCAACAGUACAAUUAAGGACAACAGAGAUUUUGGGCUUCUUUCCUUCCAGUGAAAUAUACUGUCCCUGCUGAAGAUGUUUUAAUUUUGUGAACCACAUCUGUUUUGACUUGUAAUACUUAAUGUAAAUGUGCUGAGUACACUUGAUAUUUCAAGAUUAAUCAUCAGACAAUAAAAGUGCUGAACCACCA